CCGCGGGACGGAUGUGCGUGCUGUAUUCAUGCAACUUUCUUCGCUACUACGAUUUUUAAAAUUCCUUCAUUUGUAAUUGUUGAAUGAAAGUUUAUUUAAACUUAACUUGUGAUUAUAUUUAAAUGUUAUUGCUAUAAAGUGACGAUUUAUUUGAAACAGUGUGUGUUUAUUUUUUGUGAAACUGCAACGUGUUUGGUUCAACGGACUGAGGUUUGAAAUGUAUCGGUGUUAAACAUUAGUGUUAGUGUGGUGAUUAUGUAUAUUAGUGUGCGGACUAUGGGGGCGUUUUCCCUUACCGUUCGUUGGUUAGCUGUAGUGCUCAUCGGUGCGGAAUGGCAGGUUCAUUCCCAGCUCAUUCAACCGAAUUCUGAAGUGGACAGUUCUUAUAACUUUUAUUAUGAACAACCAUGUUGUACGGGACCGGUGACUAAGAGCAAAUACCACGUGAGACAUAGAAGAGAUCAUGUUCGCGAAUUCUCCUGCGGCACCCUGUACUACAGGACCUUCUUUGUGGACACGAAACGAGAUGCUCUAUAUGUUGGAGCUAUGGAUCGAUUGUAUCGCCUUAAUAUGAAUAACAUCAGCGCAUCUCAUUGUGAUAGAGAUGCACUAAACUUGGAACCAAGCAACGUAGCACAAUGUGUAUCGAAAGGAAAAUCAGAGCACUUCGAUUGCAGAAACCACAUACGAGUGAUCCAACCAAUGGGAGAUGGCUCACGGCUAUAUAUUUGCGGAACCAAUGCACACAGCCCGAAAGACUGGGUACUAUAUUCGAAUCUGACACACCUGCCUCGGCACGAGUACGUGCCAGGGAUCGGCAUGGGCGUCGCAAAGUGCCCGUACGACCCCGCCGACAACUCCACCGCGCUGUGGGUGGAGAGGGGCAACCCGGGAUCCUUGCCCGCAUUGUACUCGGGAACUAACGCCGAAUUCACAAAAGCUGACACGGUCAUUUUUAGAACUGACCUGCACAACUUGACCACGGGGCGCCGGGAGUUCUCCUUCAAGCGGACACUUAAAUACGACUCCAAGUGGCUUGACAAACCGAACUUCGUUGGAUCGUUCGACGUGGGCGAAUACGUUUUAUUCUUCUUCCGCGAGACAGCGGUGGAAUACAUCAACUGCGGCAAGGCGGUGUACUCAAGAGUAGCCCGCGUGUGCAAACGGGACACUGGAGGCAAGAAUAUACUGAGCCAGAACUGGGCUACGUAUCUGAAAGCGAGACUCAACUGCAGCAUUCCUGGGGAGUUUCCGUUCUACUUCAAUGAAAUACAGAGCAUUUACAAAGUUCCCGGAGACGACAGCCGCUUCUAUGGAGUGUUUACUACCGCGUCAACCGGGCUUAUGGGCUCUGCUAUUUGCACCUUCACUAUCGGCGACAUCCAGAAGGCAUUUGAGGGGAAGUUCAAGGAACAGGCUACAUCCAGCUCUGCUUGGUUGCCGGUUAUCAGCAGCAGAGUGCCUGAACCCAGGCCUGGUACAUGUGUUAAUGAUACUUCGUCGCUACCGGACACAGUGCUCAAUUUUAUUCGGUCUCACCCAUUAAUGGACAGUGCGGUAUCCCACGAGCACGAAAAGCCGAUAUACUACAAACGGGACCUGUUCUUCACGAGGCUGGUGGUAGACCGAGUAAAGGUCGACAUGAUGGGCCAUCAGUUGGAGUAUACCGUGUACUACGCUGGCACAAAUGAAGGCAAAAUUCAUAAAAUCGUUCAGUGGACUCGGAACGGUGACAGCCAGUCAGCUUUACUUGACAUAUUCGACGUAACUCCCGGUGAACCUAUUCAGGCGAUGGCACUAUCUCGCAUGCACGGCUCACUCUACGCGGCAUCCGACCGGCGAGUGCUACAGCUACGCCUGGCGUUAUGCGCGCGGCGCUACGACGCGUGCGUACGGUGCGCACGCGAUCCGUACUGCGGGUGGGAUCGAGACGCUGGCGUUUGUAGAGAAUAUAUGCCGGGGUUAAUCCAAGACGUAGCAAAUGAAACAGCGGACAUCUGCGAUUCAUCCAUAUCACGUAAAAGUGUAUCAGCCACGUGGGGACAGAGCCUCCAUCUCGGCAGCUUCGUGAAAAUGCCUGAAGUGCUGCAGCCGAGAGCAGUCUCCUGGUACCACUAUUCGAGAGAGAAAGGACGCCAUCCGAUCACUUUUAAUAAACCAGAGAAAUACAUAGAGACGUCAGAACAUGGGUUGCUCAUAAUAUCUGUGAAUGAGGGAGACGCGGGACGGUACGACUGCUGGCUCGGCGGCUCUCUGCUGUGCUCCUACAAUAUUACUGUUGAUAUACACAGAUGUUCACCACCUGAGAAAAGUAACGAGUAUCAGAAGAUUUAUUCAAACUGGUGUCACGAGUUUGAAAAAUAUAAAAGCGCAAUGAAAACGUGGGAAAGAAAACAAGAGCAAUGCGCGCGACAAAACGACUCCAAUCAAAACACGCAUCCGAACGAGAUUGUGUGAUAGCUUCUAAACAUCGCCUAUCUCAUGUUUCAGUCCGUCACUCACUACGGGGCAAUCCCCGUACCUUACGUGUCUGCCGCUCUCAAAUAUUUAAAUGUGUUCUCAUAAAACAGUUUAAUUCCAUCGACAACAGAAUACGGACAGCGCAAACUUAUAAAUAUUGUGAUGCUCAAAGUGUACACGACUGUACCGGAAUAUAUUUUCUUAAUAACGAUUGUUAUAAUGCCGUUACCGUGUAACAUCAAGACAAAAAGUGUUUUCGUACCCCGCAUGGAAAACGUGCAACAUUUCAUCAUCGAACAUGAGAAGGUGAUAAAAAUUCAAAAUUUUACGGACAAUUUUAAAAUAGAACAAAGAGUUCUAGGAUGCUUGUUGGUGAUGGCGUGUAAAGUUUAAACAUAAAUUUCAUGUUGUAAGUACGCUUUGUUAAGAGAGUAGUAAAAUUGUUAGUAUUUUGAAAUUUUCGUACUCGUGCGGUCGACGCGCCCGGUGCCGCGUUUAAACUGCCUAAUGUGUGUACGUGGUAGUUAAACGAUCCUAUUACUUUAAGUUAUUUAUAUUUUGUCCUUUGUUACAUUUAUUAUUUUAGUUAAUGUGCUGUAUUUUCAGUACAAAUGUUUAUUUUUAAAUACUAGAAAAAUAUCGGUGAAAAAUUGCAAGUAUAGGGAUAUUUGCUAAAUAUUUAGGCUGAAAAUAAUUAUUAUUGUAUCAUCAGAACAGCACGUUAACGAAGACUCGGCAACGCGACGGGUGAAUUUUGAUCCUAU